UAAAUUUUUCAGUCUCUACAGGGGCAAUCACUCCUCGAGGACCAACAGUGAAAAAGGAAAGGCAACGGUGAUUAUGAGCUCACAAACAAACUCAGGGUACCAGCUGGAUGAUAACAGCGCUUACGAAGAAGUAGAGGUUACAAAGCCACCAAUUUAUGCGUCAAACUAUGAAGAGCCACAUUUUAACAGCGAAACACAAUUUUCUGACCAUGACUCUCAGGCAGAUCACACAUACGCUCCUCUGAACUUUUCUGACAGUCAGAAUCUCAACGGUCACGGAAAUAUCCAAGGGCAACUCUACAGAACGCUGGAGAAUCCUGGUUAUGAGAAAGAUGCAAAGUCCCAAGCUUAUGUUCGUGCUAUUAGACCUAUUAGCAUGGAACAACCUGUUUAUAAUCUCAUCGAGGAGUUUUCAAUGCCAGGAGAGGAUGGACCUGAGCAAGAUGGCGUUAAUAACCAGGAGGAGGAACCUCAUCUUGAACCUGUAGAUUCUGACGGAAUUGUCCAUUAUAACGCAGGAUCUCCCGCAGAGCCAGUUUACCACACUUUGGAAGAGUUACACAAAGAAACUCAGUGAUUAUUCUAAGUUCAUCAAUGAACCAAUCUAUAACGUUUUUGAUCAGGAGCUUUAUCCAUAAGUCCUAGCAGAAGGCAAUAAUUAUGGUUUAGAGGGAUGGAAUAGACAGGAAGACAAAUAAACAACCAUUGCAUUUGUUCGUUCAGAUGAGAUUCAGACGAAAACGCGUUAAAGAAAUAUCGAGGUGUUAAUAAUGUACAGUCUUGAACGUACCCUAAAAAUUGAACGGUGAAGGA